GCGGCUAGACUUAAGUUACUGAUGAAUAAAACGAUUAAAAUGAUAAUAUUAAUCAUCAGAAGCCGCAUCUGCCGUCGCGCUACCGCGCUUUCCAGUCUCUGUCAGCGCGGAGGGUGUAAUGCGGCUCCGCGCCGCUAGGCGUCAGUCGGCGCGUCGCGUCUGCAGCUGCGUGGAGUCUCAGCUCCAGUUCUGUCCGUGAUGGCGGAGCGCAGCGGCAACGGUCGUUCCUCGCAGUCAAACUAGAGCCCUAACGAGCCCCGGUACCGGUUGGACCAAACUACGGUAUGAGCCGAAGCUUCGGGAUGAGACGAGAGCCGAACUGAGCCGAGCCGAGUUUCUGCUGCUGCUGAGUGGCGUUUAGACCGGCGUGAUGGCGGAGGAGCGCUGUCCUCAGCUGGUGGAUUAUUUCGUGGUGGCGGGUCUGGCAGGUGCCGGGUCUCCGCUGGCCGAGGAGGGUCAGCAGCGGGGCGUGAGAGCGCUGCAGCCCGUCACUGAUCUGGCCGUGAUCGCCCGCGGACUCGGGGAAGACGUUCCUGAGGGAUUCACCUGCAUCGAGAAAACACAAGGAGGCCAUCCGGCGGAGCUGAGCGCCGGCCUGCUCAACAACACACACAUGUUCCUGUGCUACCGCCGAGGACACGACAAACCGCCCGUCGUCGAGCUGGGUGUUCUGUACGAGGGCAAGGAUCCGGUCCGGCCGGGAUGGCAUGUGAUCGAGACGACUCCGUACAGUCGUUCUGCGAGCCUGAGCUCCGGCGGGCCUGCGACGCACCGCACUUUCCUGAUGUUCCGCCGAGCGCCGGACUCACAGGCGCUGAACACGCUGGGCAUCACCGAGAUCUCGCUGCUGAUGCCUAGCAAGGGCGAGACGGCACCGCACACCUACUGCAGAGUGGACAAGAACCUCAACACCGGCAUGUGGGGUCCGGCGCUGUAUCUCUGCUACAAGCGUUCAGUGACUAAAGCAAACGCUCUGGUGUAUGAGGCAGGUCUGAUCAGUCGCUAUCCUGAGGAGGAUCUGGAGUCGUUUCCGCUGCCGGACUCUGUUCCGCUCUUCUGUCUGCCGAUGGGAGUGACGGUGGAGAGCUGGCCGCUCAACACUAAAUACCAGCUGCCCAUCUUCUCCACCUUCGUCCUGACCAGCGCCUCCGGAGACAAGGUGUACGGCGCUGCGAUCCAGUUCUACGAGGCGUAUCCGCGCGAGUCUCUGUCGGAGCGUCAGUGUGUGCGUCUGGGUCUGCUGAGCGUCGUGGACCGGCGGCCCAUCACCAACCGCAGCGUUCAGGUCAAGAAGAGCAUCUGCGUUCUCUCACACUGGCCCUUCUUCAGCGUCUUCCAGAAGUUCCUCACCUUCAUCUACAGAUACUCCAUCUCCGGACCACAUGUGCUGCCGCUGGAGAAGCACAUCUCGAGCUUCAUGCACAACGUGCCGUUCCCGUCCGCUCAGCGUCCUCGGAUCCUGGUGCAGCUCUCUCCGUAUGAUAACCUGCUGCUCUGUCAGCCCGUCUCGUCUCCGCUGCCUCUCAGUGGGGCCAGUUUUGUGAAGCUGCUGCAGAAUCUGGGUCCGGAGAACGCGUGUUCGCUGCUGCUGGCGGUUCUGACCGAACACAAGCUGCUGCUGCACUCGCUGCGGCCCGAUGUUCUGACGUCCGUCAGCGAAGCGCUCGUCUCCAUGCCGUUUCCUCUGCGCUGGCACUGUCCGUAUAUCCCGCUGUGUCCGCUGCGGAUGGCAGAUGUGUUGUGUGCUCCCAUGCCCUUCAUCGUGGGCGUCCACUCCAGCUACUUCGACCUUUACGACCCGCCGACGGACGUGGUGUGUGUGGAUCUGGACACCAACACCAUCUUCCAGUCUGAAGAUAAGAAGCCUCUGUCCUGGAGAUCUCUGCCGAGGAAGCAUGGGAAGAUCCUGCUGAACUCUCUGACCAACCUGCACAAAACUCUGGAGAAGAUCUAUACUCCGGGUCAGGAGGAGGCCACGCUGGAGUUCUUGCUGACGGACUACGAUCUGAUCUACGGCCGUCAGAAGCAGCUGGAGCUGGAGAUCCAGGAGGCCUUCCUGCGCUUCAUGAGCUGCUUGCUGAGAGGAUACCGCUCCUUCCUGCUGCCCAUCACACAAGCUCCGUCUGACCGAACCACGGACUGCAGCUCGCUCUUCAACCUGCAGGGCUUCCUGAAGUCUCGCGAUCGAGCGCAGCAGAAGUUUUACACGCAGCUCACGAAGACGCAGAUGUUCACGCAGUUCAUCGAGGAGUGUUCCUUCGUCAGCGACCGCCACGGCUGCCUCGAGUUCUUCGACGAGUGUGUGCAGAAGGUGGACGUGGAGAAGCCGGAGGAUGUGCGUCUGAUCGAUCGUGACGAGUGUCACAGCGGUGAACACACAGUGUUUAUUAUGCCUCCGGAGGAGCCGCAGGAGGCCGAUGGCUCCGAGUGUCCUGCACACUACAGCUACGACACGUUCCCAGUCCUCCAGUCGGAUCUGUUCGAUCGGCCGCAGGAUCAGCUGCGGACUCCGGCUAAAGGAAGUGCCCCCAGUAGCCCCGCCCCCCGCCGCACCAAACAGGAGAUCAAGCUGGCGCAGAAGAAGGCGCAGAAGUACUCGACAGUGCCGGAGAUGUGGUCCAAAUGCCUGCUGGGUCACUGCUACGGACUCUGGUUCAUCUGCUUACCAACAUUCGUCAAAGCAGAGAGCACUAAAGUCCGAGCGCUGCACGCCGCGUACGAGGUGCUCAAACACAUGGAGACACGCAAGGUGGUCCUGCCGUCACAGGUGUGUUACCGUAUCCUCAUGCAGCUGUGUGGUCAGUACGGUCAGCCGGUUCUUGCGGUCAGAGUUCUGCUGGAGAUGAAGCGGGCAGGAAUUACGCCCAACACCAUCACAUACGGAUACUACAAUAAAGCGGUGCUGGAGAGCAAAUGGCCAUCCACCAAUCAGGGAGGGCGUCUUCGCUGGGCGAAGCUGCGUAACGUGGUAUUGGCCGUGGCUCAUUUCAGGCAGCCAAUCAAACAGCAGCAGAGGAGCGCGUCAUUCAGCACCCCCGCAGGAGAUGCGCUGUCCAAGCUCCGCCCCUACUCGGCUCUGAUUCGUCAGUCCAGCUGGAGCGGGUUGAGUGAGAGCUCGAGCCACGAAUCGCUGACGAGUCUGGCCAAGAGCAGCAGUCUGAGCAGCGUUCAGCCGUCAGGAAGCAAGCUGAAGCUGUCAAAGAAAGCAGCUGCGCAGACGGCCGCAGACGGUGCAUCCGCAGCCUCACGCAAGCCUCCUGCCGGCCGUCAUGAAACACUGAGUCCUCCAGCGCCUGUGCUUGUGCGCCGCAGCGACAUCUGCCUGUCCACCUUCUACAAAGACUGCGCAGAGAGCGCAGAUGCAGACUGCAGGUGUCAGCCGGGGAGGGACAGCAGGUCGGUGGAAGUCAGGGAGACUCUGAACAGAAAGUCGGUAGAUGAAAACUACAACAACGUUUUGUCUCCGAGCCGCGGUCUGGCCGGGAAGCUGCAGCAGCUGCUGACGCCUACGAGGAACCGUGCAUCGGUGCGACGAGCCGCUAGCGUAGACGACCGGCGGCCGGGAGCGAACGGACACUCGCACCGCACCUCCGAGCAGAAACCCUCGCGCAAGAGCCAGAUGACCGAGAGUCUGCUGAAGGCCAAGGAGCGGCUGUACAACGCCACGUCUGAGAGUUCUCUGUCUGUAGGGAGUGACAUUGACAUGAUGGACAUCCAGACGCUGGCGGUUCCUCUCAGGAAGUCGUGGGAUUCUGCACAGGAAGGGGCGGGCAUUGAGGUGCAGAUGUCGAGCUGCUCGCUGUGCCGCAGCUGUAAUUCUCUGGUGUAUGAUGAGGAGAUCAUGGCCGGCUGGACGUCUGAUGACUCUAAUCUCAACACCACCUGUCCGUUCUGCUCUGCGCCGUUCGUGCCGCUGCUAAACGCAGAGAUCUGUGACCUGGGGCCCGUCUGCAGCGUGGAGCGCAAUAACCUGAGCACGGAGGAUGAGCUGGAGAAUAUCAUGCGUCCUCCCUCCGCUCCGGAUGACACACUGCAGCAUCUGUGUAACGGCGUCAGAGAGACGGACUCCAGCUCUGAGACCAGCAGCCAAUCGGAGAGCAGUGUGCCGUCAGUGGGCGGAGCUCCGCAGGUGACGGUGGCAUACCUGAGCCCGCUGGUGCUGCGCAAGGAGAUGGAGAGUCUGCUGGAGAACGAGGGCGAGGCUGUUCUCUCUCAGGUCCAGCUGCUGGACAGUCACUCCAUCCUCUUCUGGAAUCUGGUUUGGUACUUCACUCGUCUUGGCCUGCCCAGUAACCUGCUGCAGCUGCUGCGGACGUCUCCGCUGACCGCACGCCUCACACAGGGGUCAGAGGGCACGGCGGUGCGUGUGAGACUGAUGUGGGACACACUGACGCCGGAUUCAGAGCAGUGGCCGCCGCUCUACAUGCUCUGGAGGAUUCACAGUGGCGUCCCCAUGCGCAGCUACAGCUGGCGGCAUCACAACCAUCCCUUCAGCCUCAACUUCCUGGAGGAAGUGCUGCGGUGGAUCGGCAUGAACGAGGUACACAAGGCCAUCACGCUCUUCCUGGAUGCGGUUGCUAAGCAGCCUGGCACUCCGCGGAUACAGAGGAGUCUGUACAGAGAGAUGCUCUUCCUCACGCUGGCCGCCAUGGGCAAAGAUCAUGUCGCUUCGUUUGACAAGCGUUAUAAGACGGCGUACCAGCGCCUGAGCAGUUCUCUGGGCCGAGAGGAGCUGAGGAGGAAGAGAGUCCAGCCGCCCAGUCCUAAAGCCGUCGACUGCAGACGCUGCUUCCUGCUGCCGCUGGAGUGCUGAUCUCACACACACACACAUACACCACAUACACAAACACACACUCCGCUCGUCUCGUCUCGUCUCGCCGUCGUCUUCACGCUGCUUGAGGAGGAAACGCAACACACAGUCUGAGCGCUUUUGCUGGUACGCUCACUGCAGACGCCGCUGUGCAUUAUGGGAAUGUGUGACCCUUUCACCAAAACUGCUUCUGUAUCCCACAAUGCCGAGCAAACUUACACCCGACCGCCCCUCGGACGAUUUCAUAGGAUCUGAUGUGGCGUCUGAAUUUACCUCGUUUAUUUCUGUUGGUUUGAUUUCAUGGAACUCAAAGAUGAAGAUCCGGGUGCAUACGCCGGAAGGCAUCAUGGGAGUUUGUUGAGAUGAUUCUGCACUGAAGUGACGCUCUGAGCUUCUUUAUGUUUGUGUGAGAUGUUUCCCGACCAGCAGAUCCAUCAUCACUGUUCUGGACAGAAGAGUUACUCCGUAAACUAAUCUGGUCAGGACUAGUUAGAUCCUCUGAAUGUGUUUGUGUGUGUGUGUGUGUGUGUGUGUGUGUGUGUGUGUGUGAGAGAGAGAAAGCAGUGCUGCUGUUGAUCUACAAACACAAACAGGUUUUAUUUAGUCAUUUUAAAGGUAGUCAUGUGAUGCGGUGUGACUGUAGGAGGAUCCUGGAAAAUCAUGACUUCCUGUGACGCUCUGAUUGCUCUGACCGUCAAACACAUUCACCUCCAAACUCACUCGUGUGAAAAACAGAUCAUUCAUCGUUCUGUCGUCAUUUCCUCUCAUUCAGACCUGUGUGAAGAGAUUCUGAGAAACGAACCAGUGUUUUCUGUUGAUAUAACGUAAAUCAGUGGAGUCCGGUGUUGUUUGGUUCCCAACGUUCUUCAAAAUACAGUUACAUUUAUUCAUUUAUCAAAUUAUCUAUUUUUAAAACAUCAAAAGAAACACAGUCAUCAGGUUUGAACAGCAUGAAGGGAGUAAAUGAUGACACGAUGAUGAUUUUUGGCUGAACUUUUACAUCAUGGCUGAAUUUGUAGAUUUUAUUUAUGCUGUUUUCAAUCCUGUUUGAUAAUAAUGUUUUUUAUUAAUUAUUUUUUUUCUGUAUACAGUAGGAGUCCAGGACAUAAUACAAAAUUAAAAAAGGAACUAGAUACAUUCAAUCCCGCUGACUUCCUGUACAUUUCACAACACAUGUUUAAUACCAACAGAACUAAAACAAAGUUACAGUUACAAAGUUUAAUUUUCAACAAUAAUUUGCAAUGACACCAAUGAUCAUUUGUGUUAUUGUUUUGGAGAUAAAUGUGUUUUUUUUUUUUUAACUAUGGAUAAAAAAAAGGAAAUACUUUACAGUAAGAUUUCAUUUGUUAAUGCAUUAGUUAAAAUGAACUGAUAAUAAGCAAUAUAUACAUUUACAGCAUUUUUUAAUGUUUGUUAAUAAUACAAUUUUUAAAAUGCAUUGUUUGUUCAUGUUAGUUAGCAGUACAUUAACUAAUGUUCACAAAUACUUUUGGUUUUAAUAAUAUACAUUAGCAAAUGUUCAAAUUUCCAUUAUAUAAGAUGAAUAAAUGUUGUAUUUGUAUUUGUCAUUGUUAUUUGAUGUUAACUGAUGCAGUGAAUGAAUGUUAACAACUGAAGCUUACUGUAAAGUGUUAAGUGUGAUCAUCUAACAAUCUAACAUGUGGUUCUGUUGGUUUCGUGGUGAAGUGUGAUCAGCUGCGAUUCAUCCGCUCUGGUUCUGUUGUGUCGGGAAGCGUCUCUCUCUCGUUUGCUCUUCUGAUCGUGUUUCCUGAGUUUUUUGUGUUUGUCUGAGUUUCUUCUCCUGGAGUGACACGGCUGUGAUCUGUGUUUAUAAUCACCGUUACAGAGGAAACGCUCGUGACUGUAGGAUUGAUGCCACAUUCAUUAGUCUUAAUUUUAUUAAGGAGGAAUAUGAAGCUGCUAGAAGAGUUUUAGUGGCAUUAGAGGAAGUGAUGUCAGAGGAAGCUGUAGUUUGUGCUCUCAUUCACUGCAAUAACCACGGAGCAGCCGAGCUUCACUGCAGCAUGAACGUCUGCAUUUAUCAAGAGAACAGAGAUUAUAAAGCUAUAUUUAAGUUUUCAUGUGUUUGCUGUGCUAAUUUAUAUUGAUGUGACCUCUGACCUUUGUUGUGAAUGUUGUUUUGUUUUUUCUUUUUUAAGAAAAGAGUUUUAAGAACCAA